GCUGUAGGCGCCAUGUCGCUCCUGGGGCUCCUCGUCCUGCUCUUCAUGGCUGCAGAGAAUGCAGGGGCUGCUGGCAGAGCCACAGUGAGCUUCUCCCCAAACUGGGCCUCAGCAUUCACAUCUGAAUCUGUAACUCUGACUUGCAAUGUAUCUUCCUCUGCACAAGGAGAGCCCCCUUAUUUCUGGUAUAAAGAUGGGGUACGGAUGGAAACAAAGCAGCAGAAAUAUACAAUAUUCAAUGCUAAAAAGAGUGACAGUGGGGUAUAUCAGUGUAAGUCCCAUAGCAGUGACCGGAGUGAUUCUGUUACACUGACAAUUAGUGAUGAUUACCUCUCCCUGAAAGUUCCCCCCUUUGUGUUUGAAGGGGACAAUUUACAGGUUUCCUGUGCCGGGUACCCUGGGUACAAAGCGGAUACUGCUAAACUGAACAAAGGAAAUCAGUUGAUAGGUUCCUCACCCUCUGGGAAUUUCAACUUUGGAAGAGUAACCAUGGCAACAAGUGGCUCCUACAUAUGUUAUAGAGCAGUAAAACACCAUUUAAUCUAUUAUAAUCAAAAGAGCAGUGUGUACAUUUCUGUGAAAGAGCUGUUCAGUUCCCCACAAAUAAAAGUGAGCACAGAUCAGGUGACAGAAGGAGAUCGCAUGACCAUAACAUGUGACACAGAGCUCAGCCCACACAGAGAGACUACAGAGCUGCAGUUUGCUUUCUACAGAAAUGGGCACAAUGUGCAGGGAUUCAGUUUAUCCAACCAAUAUGGAGUCUCUUCAGCUCAGCUAGAGGAUUCUGGGUAUUAUACCUGUGAAAUAAGAGCUCAGUCUGGGAUUGUAAACAAGAAGAGUGACCGAAAAAGUAUCCAGAUAAGAACUAAGAAACUUGCCGGUGUGCGAGUGAGGCUGGAGCCGGCCGGGGGGCAGGUUAUUGCUGGGGAGAAGUUGGAGAUUCUCUGCUCAGUGGAAAAGGGGAUGGGAUUAUUGCGUUAUUCCUGGUGCAAACAGCCCACUCUCAUCUGUAACACCAAAGAGGCUGCAGCUCCGGAGCAACGCUUUGUGGCAGAAAGUGUUUCUGAAGAUUAUGGAGGAGAAUAUCAGUGCAUCAUUACCAGAACUGCUACUGGGGAAUCCAUCCGAAGCGCCAACAUCUCCAUCUCUGUCCAAGAACCAGUGGCAGAUGCCAGAAUUACUCCCGAGGAGGAUGAACUUGCAGUGAAAGUAGAAGACAAUCUGUGCUUGACCUGUUCUGUAGCAAAAGGCACUAACCCUCUGUUCCUUUGGAUUCAUAAUAAUAAGACGAUUGGACAUGAAUCAGUACUGUACCAGGUCCGAGAGUCUGGGAAAGUGCUGUGUAUAGAGUCCGCUCAGCUUCAACAUGCUGGGACCUACUGGUGUGAGGUCAGGAACCAACUUUCAUCCAACAGGAUCUUCACUGUUACCAGCAACAUUGUCACCAUAAGCAUCUCAGGGAACACCUACAGGUAUGUAGUGAUGGGAAUAGGAAUCUCACUGGCUUCCCUGCUUCUUGUUACUGCCAUUGUUGUCUUCAAAUACAGGAGCACGAUGGCCUCAUGUUUCACCUGUUGCCAUUUUCCAACAAGCUCAGGUGGCUCAGUAACUAAAGACCAAAAUGGGUCUGAUCCAAGACAACAAGUUGCUAACCUUUACAUUCCAAAUGAUGGGAAACCUGAAGAAGAACAGCCGGAGUACGGCAAUAUCGUUAUCCAAGAUGGAGAAGAUGAGUGUUACUAUAUGAACUAUGAUCCAACAGCUUCUUCAUUACCAAAGAAUAACUAUGAUAAAGUUUCUGUUACUUACACUGGAGGCAAGUAUCAAUCCUCUGAAGAAUUCCAGGAUUAUGAAGAGGACUAUGAGAACUUCAGUCCCAAAUAAUUCAUGCAAAGUUGCAGCACAAUCACUAUUACAUUUUCAUUUUACGACUACGGACCAGAAACCAAUUUUUCAGUAGAAUCAAACGAGAAAAUAGAACUUUUUCAUAGACUAAUAAGUACUCUCCAGUUCUUCUGUUCUGUACUUCUGUAAGUAGUCACCUGGACAUAAACAAGUCAGCAAGAAAGUUUUUGGAUUUCUUCAUGGUUUUUGGAUUACUAAAUAGCUGCCAAAUAAGAACUCCAGGGUUCCCACAGUGGUUUGCAUCAAUAGAUUCUAAGGGGUCUAUUUAUCAAGGUACGAUUCGUUACGAAUUGAAAAAAUCUUAUUUUUUCUAAUUUUUCAUACUGUGCGUAUUGUCUGCGAUUUUUUCGUUAA